GAGGAGAGAUGAGUGGGAACCCUCCGAGUACGCUCAGGUUUCUUGGCGCUGUGAAAAGAUUUGUCCAGUCCAUUCAGAUCUGACGGAGUUUCCCAUGUUCUGUGCUGCAGCGGGUUUUUGUUGACGUAUCUUUCUCAUCUGCCGGCAAACAAGAGAUGCACAUAAGGCUGACGUUGUGUUUGUAGUUUAGGUCCUUGAUGCCACCAAAAGCUGUACGCCACGGUGUUGAACUUUUCUCUCGUCACAAACCGGAGGGGAAGAGAGGUUCCAGCCAAUUACUUUGGAAAAGGCAGGAGACAGGUGCUGAAAUGACACGAAUGUGCUUCAUCUUCCUGCUGAUGAGUAACGCCGCCUCAGUCUACACGCAGUUUAAUGGAUACAACUGUGACACCAACUACCACAGCAGGUUUCCUGGUGAGAGGGACAUCAGUGUUUACUGCGGGGUCCAAACCAUCACCCUGAAGAUCAACUUCUGCCCGGUGCUCUUCUCUGGCUACACCGAUGCAGAUUUGGCCCUGAACGGUCGUCACAGUGAAGCCCAGUGUCGCGGCUUCGUCAACAACAACACCUUCCCCACGGUGGUCCUGUUCAGCAUCAGCCUCAGCACUCUGGAGGCCUGCGGGAACAGUCUGGUGGUCAGCACAGCCUACGGGGCCAAUGCCUAUGGGAACAUGUCUCUGGUACAAAUUGGGAACGUCUCCGGCUAUAUCGAUACCCCUGACCCGCCAACUAUAAUCAGCUACCUGCCUGGUUUGUUGUAUAAAUUCAGCUGCAGCUACCCACUGGAGUACCUGGUCAAUAACUCACAGCUGGCAUCCUCCUCUGCUGCUGUGUCUGUCAAGGACAGCAACGGGACAUUUGUGAGCACGCUCAGUAUGAUCCUGUACAAUGAUUCAACAUACAAUCAGCCUCUGUCUAUCCCAAUGGCAGGACUUGCUCUGAAAACACGAGUAUUUGCUGCUGUGAAAGCCACAAACUUAGACAAACGGUGGAACAUCUUGAUGGACUACUGUUACACAACCCCCUCAGGGAAUCCUAAUGAUGAACUCCGCUAUGACCUUUUCUUUGGCUGCUAUAAAGACCCCCAGACGACGGUUUUCGAGAAUGGAAAGAGUCAGAUGGGACGGUUUUCGUUCGAGGUUUUCCGUUUCGUCAAACACAGACACCAGAAGAUGUCCACUGUCUUUCUGCACUGCGUCACCAAGCUUUGCCGGGCAGACGACUGCAUCAUGCUCAUGCCUAUCUGUGGGCGACGGCGCAGGAGGGAUGGAGAGGAGAGCCUUGGUUCUCCGCCGGCAGCAUCCGGGAACGCCGUUAUCAGUGCCGGUCCAAUCAUCACCAGGAGCGAUGAAACUCCAGUCAACAACUCCCAACUGGCAUCUGGUGAUCCCUCCCAGCCCAUGAACCCGGUGACCAGCGCCCUGAUCUCAGGUGUGGUCAUCCUGGGCGGAGUCAGCAUCGGCUUCUUCCUGCUGUCGCUCCGCCUCCUGCAGAAGUCCCGCCUCCCGGUAGCUGCAGCCUCAGGUGUUUGGAACUCCGGCUUUAAAUAAUAAACAUCUGUAUACUACAACAUCUUUGUGUAAUAUUUUGCAAAAUAUGUCACAGACCUGCUUUCUGGCUUCUCAAGGUUUGUGUGUGUUUUCCAAAGGAUUAAAUUUGUGUACUGGUAUUGUUUUAGUUGUUAUAUAUUUAUUGCCUUCAGUACCUCAACAUCUCUUUAUUUUUGUCAGUAAUUGUGUUUAGAAAAGCCUUACAUACUGCUGUGUUUAAUGAAAAUUACUUUUUUUUUUUUUUUUAAAAACUAAUUUUGUCUUAUUAUUUCUUUCCGAAAGCUGUGACUGGGCAGUUAAAUUGUAAAAUGAAAACAAAGGUAAACUGUUAUCACAAAAGAGAAGUGCAGCAGUUUUUUUUUUUUUUUACUCUUCAGAAAUUGUAGCUUUGUAGGCCCUGUCGAAAUCAACAAAUCAGCAUCAUGCUGUGUUUGGAAAGAACAGAAAAGUGGAAUUAUUACUGUGGGUUGGAAGUCAUUUUCAAAUUAUUAGUUGCAUUGUCAUGUGUAAUAAAUGUAUUUGGGAUUCAUUAUGUAACCUAUGCAUUUCCCUUUUUUUAUCUUUUGUGUCUGUGAAACUUAUGUUUAUACUUUGACAAAGAAUAUUUCACCAUUUUAGAAGAUUCUGAGACUUAGAUGAGAACAUUAAUAUGCUUUCAGCUGAUAAUUUCCUAUGGCGUAGCA